UUGUGCACGUUUUCACCUCGAUUGGUCGUCAUGUGUUUCCAUUCGAUAAGCAGUGUUAUGAUUGGCUAAACGAGUGGUACUCCGAUGCGAAAUGGUGUGAUUGGCUAAACGAAGUGUACUUCGAUGCGAAGUGUUGUGAUUGGCUAAGUAGGGUGUACUGAAAAAAUCACCCGCCCUUAGAUAAGACGUCAAUUGCAUGACUGCAGUUCGAGAGUUGUUGUAUCCAUUUAACUGUGAAAGAAAAUAAAUUCAAAGAUAUCGUUGUAUCAAGCUACACUCAAGCUGUUUUUCUUUGGGAGGUUAUAUGCUAUAAAAGUCUAAAUAAUUAUGUGAUCGUCUCUUCGUCACUAUAUGGUCGAGUUUAUAAACUGAGUGAAUGGUGUUCAAUGGCACAAAAUUGUGUUUUUAUGUGGUGUUAUUCGUUUUUAAAGUGGUGUAUGCACGUACCAUUUAUGGUUCAUUUGCCGUCUCAGUCUAUGGACGCAAAACAUGGUUUUGCCAGACGUAUCUUUAGGUACGAAAAUGUUACUUUUACCUUAUUCGAAAUUAACGUUAAAACGUUUGCAAAAAACAGCGUUGACUCAGUCAAAAGUUCAAUGGUUGGCAACAGAAUUUAAAAAAAUAAAAUGACCGCAUAAUAUCUCAUGGGACAGUAAAGUGUCCCAACGGGAACGGGGGAGUGACAGAAAAUGGGGGCCUGGGUAGCUGAAUAAUGCUUGUUUGAUUUCUUGUGUCUCAAAUAAAAGUGCAAUAGUGUUGACAAGUGGAUGGAGGAAAGAGAUGAAGGGAUGCAUUACUAUAAACAAUAAUGCCACAUUCCAAUAAUUUUAUAUUCUGCUUUUGUGUAAUCGUUCACAUUCUGGGUUGCAGAUGCACACCUCAGAAUGUGAACACAAUGGGCAAUGCGAGUAUAAAUGGUAUAUUACGGUAGAGCAUGACUCACAGGCUAUACACAACAUGAGGCAAUGGUCGUACUGCGACGGCCAGCCAGCUCUACGUCUUCUCGAAAAAUCUAGAAUGUUCUUAUCACCUACUUAUACCGUACCAAAGAACCGUGUCUAGUUAAUUAACAAUAACCAUCUCCGAUUAUUAUAUUUACACGGUGAAUUAAACUUAAAUACUGAGAGCGUGAUGGCUGAGGGUGAAGGUAACAGGCAACACCCUCGUAACCUACAGGGGAUCUUGCGAAUGGCUGUGGAGGCAGGCUCUGCCGCUGACGGAACUGCCCCCAGUGAACCCAUGUCAGAGGAGAGAAAAGAGUGGCUGAGGGCCGCCAUGGCGGAGGUGUGCCGGGGACAGAAAGACGAGGUGGAGCAGAUGAAGGAGUGCCUGGCCAUCCUCCGCCGAGAGGAGGCGAAGGGAACGGAAGGGGACGAGGAGGAGGAGGACGAGGAGGAGGAGGAAGACGAGGCGACGGAAGACGCUCUGGAGUUGCUCUCCGAGCUCUGCGAGAACCUGGACAACGCCAGAGAUUUCAUGGUGCUGGGGGGGCUGGACCUGUGCCUGUCCCGAUGCCUGGCGCACCCGCAGGGUGGGGUCCGGUGGAGGGCCGCCCAGCUCCUGGCCUCCUGCGCUCAGAACAUGCCGGAAGUCCAGCGCCACCUGCUGGACCGGGAGGCCCUGACCAGGCUGCUCCGGCUGACCGACGCCGACCCCCAGCCCGCCGUCCGGGUGAAGGCCCUCUACGCCGUGUCCUGCCUGGUGCGCGAGCAGGAAACUGGCCUCAAGCUCUUCCUGUCUCUGGACGGGUUCUCGGUGCUGAUGCGGGGGAUGCAGUCGGACAACGAGAAGCUCCGGACCAAGUCCGCCUUCCUGCUGCUCAACCUGCUGACCGCUCACCCAGAGCACAGAGACACAGUGCUGUCUAUGGGGAUGGUGCAGCAGCUGGUGUCCAUUCUGCGAACUCCCCAUUCCCCCUUCCAUGAGCACGUGCUAGGAACUCUCUGCUGCCUGGUGGACGGGUGCAGCCAGGGGCUGAAGGACUGCCGCAGCCCCGACCUGGGCCUGGAGGAGCUGCUCAAGAGGAAAGCCCAGGAGCUGCAGGGCAAGGAGGAGAGCCAGCUCCAGCACACCGACCGGCCUCACCUUCUUUCUCCCCACACCGCCGCAGGAGGAGCUGGAGUUCUGCGAGUGUCUACUGGCCGCUUGUUUCCGGGGCCAGCGCCACGACGACAACGGAAUGGACCGCUGAAACCCCCCAUUGGUCUUACCCCUGCGUCUGCCUUGCCGUCAUUGGCCCCGGACAAUUCCAAGGAUUUGGAAAUCAUUAAAAACGGCCGUCAGUCAUCAGUCUAUCUCCAUUACGUAGACAGCCGUUUGACCUUACUGACAUCAAUUUAUUCUGAUUGGCUGAAAAUCCUUCUGCGACCUGCCCGGCUUAUGGAUAUUUUAUUCAGGACUGUAUAUUGACCGUAGUUACCUUUCUGAGCUCCUUGAUGAACCCUCCAUUUGCAUUCAGAUGACUCUCUGGAACAUAAUGUGUCAUUUUCAUUUUGCAGUUUUGUAAGGAUGGGGUAAUGCGUUCUCCGAUGGUUCUGGCUUGGAGCGAAAUUUAGAGCAUCAAAUUUUUUUUUGUUUAUUUUUAUUUAUCUGUGGAGAAAGCUGUAAAGAGUGAAGUCCGAAGUCUACGGAAUUAUGACAGUGUUUCGAAUGCGAUUAAUGCUCUGGAUUGCCUCAUCCAAAGUUUGAAAGAAUAAAUGUUUUUAUAAAUGCUUAAA